AUGUCGAACGUUCACUUCCCUUACUCCAAGGCGCCUCUGCGCACGAUCAAGGAGAUCCAGUUCGGCCUUUUUUCUCCCGAGGAGGUCAAGCGGAUGAGUGUGGUUCAUAUCGAAUACCCGGAGACCCUGGACGAGACACGGAUGCGACCGAGGACUAAGGGUGUCAACGACUCCCGUCUGGGAACAAUCGAUCGCCAGUACAACUGUGAGACUUGCGAGGAAGGUCCCAAGGAAUGUCCUGGACACUUUGGUCACAUCGAAUUGGCAUCUCCGGUCUUCCACAUAGGUUUCGUGACCAAAAUCAAGAAGCUUCUGGAGACUGUUUGCCACAACUGUGGAAAGAUUAAAGUUGGAGCGGAUAACGCCAAGUUUUUGGAAGCUAUCCGUAUACGAGACCCGAAACGGCGAUUUGACGCAAUCUGGAGAGCCUCGAAAGAUAUCAACAUUUGCGAGACUGACCCUUCCCCGGAUGAGGAAGAGGAAGCUUUGAAAGAUGGGAAGAAGCGUUAUUUCCACGGUGGCUGUGGUAACGCUCAGCCUACUGUGCGCAAGGAGGGUAUUAGUCUUGUGGGCACUUGGAAGCCAAGCAAGAGCAUGAUGGAGGACGAUGCCACCGCACAACCCGAAAAGAAGGUCAUCACUCCUGCCAUGGCACUGAACAUCUUCCGCAACAUCUCACAUGAGGAUGUCCGGAUCAUGGGCUUGAGUAAUGAUUAUGCUCGGCCUGAGUGGAUGAUUCUGACCGUGCUUCCCGUUCCGCCCCCGACUGUUCGCCCAAGCGUCGUGAUGGGGUCAAGCAGCGGCUCCCGCGGUGAGGAUGAUUUGACGUACAAAUUGGCAGAAAUUGUCCGAGCCAACCAAAGCGUCCAGCGAUGCGAGCAAGAGGGCGCUCCCGAGCACGUCACACGCGAAUUUGAGUCACUACUGCAGUAUCACAUUGCCACAUACAUGGACAAUGAUAUUGCAGGACAGCCCAAAGCAAUGCAGAAAGGAAACCGCCCAGUCAAGGCUCUCCGCAGUCGUUUGAAGGGUAAGGAGGGUCGUCUGCGUCAAAACUUGAUGGGCAAGCGUGUCGACUUUUCAGCCCGUACUGUCAUUACCGGUGAUCCCAACCUGUCCUUGGAUGAAGUUGGUGUGCCGUAUUCGACGGCAAAAAUCUUGACCUAUCCCGAGGUCGUCACUCCCUACAACAUCGAGAAGCUUCAGAAGCUGGUAUCCAACGGACCUUUGAUCCACCCAGGUGCUCGGUACAUUGUCCGUGACACCGGCGAGCGUAUCGAUCUGCGUCAUGCUAAGCGUGCUGGUACUCAACAACUUCUUUAUGGCUGGAAAGUCGAGCGUCAUCUCGAUAACGGGGAUGUCAUUCUGUUCAACCGACAACCAUCUCUACACAAGGAAAGUAUGAUGGGUCACCGCGUACGCGUCAUGCCUUUCUCAACUUUCCGGCUGAAUUUGUCGGUUACGACGCCGUACAACGCUGAUUUCGAUGGUGAUGAGAUGAAUUUGCACGUGCCACAAAGCGAAGAAUCGCGCGCUGAGCUGGCUGAGCUCGCUCUUGUUCCUAAAAACAUUGUCUCGCCUCAGCGUAACGGGCCUCUUAUGGGAAUCGUGCAGGACACCCUGUGCGGUAUUUACAAGAUUUGUCGUCGUGAUAUCUUCCUCGCCAAAGAGCAUGUUAUGAACAUCAUGCUGUGGGUUCCAAACUGGGACGGCGUGAUUCCUCCACCUGCUAUUAUGAAGCCCCGACCUCGCUGGACUGGCAAACAGAUCAUUAGCAUGGCUUUCCCUACCGGUCUGAAUCUUGUCCGCGUUGACAAGGACAGCGCGCCAGCGUCUGAGAAGUUCAGUCCCCUUAAUGACGGUGGUCUGCUGAUCCAGGGCGGUCAGUUGAUGUAUGGAAUGCUCUCAAAGAAGACAGUCGGUGCCAGCGGAGGUGGUGUCAUUCACACCAUCUUCAAUGAGUACGGCGCGGACACUUGUGUUGGUUUCUUCAACGGAGCUCAAACCAUCGUCAAUUAUUGGCUUCUGCACCACGGUUUCAGUAUUGGUAUUGGUGACACGAUUCCGGAUCGCAAGACAAUUGAGAAAAUUGAGGAAGCUGUCAGGGAACGGAAGCAAGAGGUUCAGGAAAUCACUGCUAGUGCUACUGACAACACUCUGGAAGCCCUCCCUGGUAUGAACGUCCGUGAGACCUUCGAGAGUAAGGUUUCGCGUGCUCUGAACAACGCUCGUGACGAGGCUGGUUCUGCCACGGAGCGGGGACUGAAGGACCUGAACAACGCUAUCCAAAUGGCUCGCUCAGGCUCCAAGGGCUCGACUAUUAACAUCUCCCAAAUGACUGCGGUCGUUGGUCAGCAAUCGGUUGAGGGCAAGCGUAUUCCAUUUGGAUUUGCGUACCGUACCUUGCCUCACUUCACCAAAGACGACUACUCGCCCGAGUCUCGAGGUUUCGUUGAAAACUCCUAUCUCCGUGGUCUUACUGCGACCGAGUUCUUCUUCCACGCCAUGGCCGGUCGUGAAGGUCUCAUUGAUACCGCAGUCAAGACUGCUGAAACUGGUUACAUUCAGCGAAAGCUUGUCAAGGCUUUGGAAGAAGUUAUGGUCAAGUACGAUGGCACCGUUCGUAACUCUCUGGGCGACAUCAUUCAAUUCAUUUAUGGAGAAGAUGGUCUUGAUGGAGUCCACAUUGAGAACCAACCAGUGGAUAUUAUUCGCUGCUCCGAUGAAAAGAUGCGUCAACGCUUCCGUGUGGAUGUCAUGGAUCCUGAGAUGUCACUGGGCCCUGAAGUCUUGGAACAGGCCAAUGAAAUUGCUGGUGAUAUUGAAGUUCAGCGCUACUUCGAUGAGGAAUGGGAGGCCUUGUUGGAGUCCCGUGCGUUCCUCCGUACUGUGGCCAAGGAGGACGAAGAGAUGAUGCAACUGCCGAUCAACGUCCGCAGAAUCCUGGAGAUGGCUCGAUCAACCUUCCGCAUCCGCGAGGGCACUAUCAGUGACCUCCACCCUGCGGAGGUGAUUCCACAGGUGCAGGCCCUGCUUGAUCGCCUUGUGGUCGUGCGUGGCGACGACCCAAUUUCCCAAGAAGCCGACUACAAUUCAACCUUGCUGUUCAAGGCUCAGCUCCGGUCCCGCCUUGCUUUCAAGCGACUGGUGACGGAGUAUUCGUUGAACAAGCUUGCAUUCCAGCACGUUCUUGGUGCCAUUGAAAAUCGCUUCGCCCGUGCGGCAGCAAACCCUGGUGAAAUGGUGGGUGUGCUCGCGGCUCAAAGUAUCGGAGAGCCUGCCACCCAGAUGACUCUCAACACUUUCCAUUUCGCUGGUGUCUCGUCUAAGAACGUCACUUUGGGUGUGCCUCGUUUGAAGGAAAUUCUGAACGUGGCUACCAAUAUCAAGACGCCUUCGAUGACUGUCUACCAAGAGGGGGACAACACUUAUCGCAAGGAGGGUGCCAAGCAGCUACGAAGUCUUGUCGAGCAUACAAGCUUGCGAUCCGUUACCGAAGCAACUGAAAUUUACUACGAUCCGGACAUUCAGUCAACAGUCAUUGAGAACGAUCGCGAUAUGGUCGAGUCCUACUUCAUCAUUCCCGAGGAGGUUGAAGGUGACCUUGCGAAUCAAUCGAAAUGGCUGCUCCGCAUCAUCCUCAGUAGACCCAAGUUGCUUGACAAGGGUCUCACUGUUCAAGAUGUUGCUAACAGGAUCAAGAAGGCGUACAAGGAUGACAUCGCUGUGAUUUUCAGCGAUAACAACGCUGACGAGCAGGUCAUUCGUAUCCGGCAAGUUCAACAUCACAAAGAAGAAGAGGACGAUGAUGAUGUUGAAUAUGACGUGACUUUGAAGAAGCUUGAACAGCACCUUCUCGAUACGCUCACUCUUCGUGGUGUUCCUGGUGUUGAACGUGCUUUCAUCAACGAGAGGGGCAAGGUCCGUGUCACUGAGGAUGGUGCUCUACUCAUGAGCAAGACGGAUCCUCUCUGCAAGGAUUGGGUUCUCGAGACCAGUGGCUCUUCUCUUGCACCGGUCCUCGCCAUUCCUGGGGUUGACGCUACCCGAACUUAUUCAAAUCAGUUUAUCGAGAUUUUCGAAGUCUUUGGUAUCGAGGCUGCGCGAACCGCUGUUUUGCGCGAAUUGACCCAAGUCUUGGCCUUUGACGGAUCAUACGUCAAUCACCGCCACUUGGCUCUCCUAGUCGAUGUGAUGACCCAGCGUGGUUACUUGACCCCUGUCACUCGUCAUGGUAUCAACCGUGCCGACAAUGGUGCUCUGAUGCGCUGCUCCUUCGAAGAGACUGUCGAAAUUCUUUUGGAGGCUGCUGCCUUCGGUGAGCUUGACGAUUGCCGCGGCGUCUCCGAGAAUCUGAUUCUCGGCCAGAUGGCACCUGCUGGCACGGGAGAGUUUGACGUGUAUCUGGACCAGAACUUGCUCAACACGGUUGUUUCGAACAAUGCGCGCUUCGCCCUCAUGGGCGGUGUCGGAGCAAAGGAUGCCAUCAUCUCUGACGGUGCAGCGACCCAAUAUGACAGCGGAUCGCCAAUGCCCAGUUCUCCAUACUUGGACGAUUCCGAUCCUGAGUCGAGGUUCUCGCCCAUUGCACAAGGGGGUGCGGAGUCUCCCAGAGGCUUCCCCAAAUACCAGCCCGCCGAUGGAUUUGGAGGUUUAAGCCCCCUCGGACGCAGCCCUGGGCAGGCAUAUUCUCCUACCAGUCCCUUCAACACCAGCGCCGCCUCCCCGAUGUGGUCACCAAGCUCCACUGCUUACUCUCCUACAUCUCCUGGCAUCAGCAGUCCAGGCUUUACAUCUCCUCGAAUGUCGCCCACGUCGCCAUCGAGCCCUCAAUUCGUGAUCACCUCCCCGGCGUAUUCACCAUCUUCACCUGCAGGAGCGUCGCCUUCAUACUCUCCUACUUCUCCAACCUACAGUCCAUCAUCUCCAAACUUCAGUCCGGCCUCACCGGCCUUUAGUCUGACUUCUCCUGAGUACAGUCCGACCAGCCCUGCUCUUGGUGGUGGUCGGCACUUCUCACCCACUUCGCCUGCCUCGCCAACAUCACCCAAAUGGAGCCCAACAUCUCCAUCGUGGUCAUCAGCGCAACCUGAGGCAUACUCGCCCACCUCUCCCAAGUUUUCUGGUUCUCCUACGUCGCCCGCGGCUGCAUACAGCCCCAGUUCGCCGGAGUUCCACAGUCCAACGUCUCCCCGCCAGAAAUAA